AUGGCAGGCAAAGAAAACGAGGCCAAGGUCGUGGGUAGUAGCACGGCUACUGAUAUUGUCUCCACCAGUGAGAGCGAUGGCAGCCACGAGCUACUCCAUUUUGCCAGACGCGGCCAGGCUCUCACAGAAGCCUCAUUGACUCAGGAAAGCAUUGAUGGCUACGAUCCGGAAUUGAUGAGUGGGAGGACACUGCUCACGGCAGAAGAGGAGAAGAAGCUGCUACGCAAGAUUGACUGGCGGUUGAUGACGCUUUGCUCACUCAUUUUUAUGUUCAAGAAUCUGGACAGCAACAAUGCAUCCAAUGCUCGAAUAAUGAAUGAGGGAACAAAUCAGAACAUAAUGACACAGCUCGGAAUCACAUCGGACGAGUACAACCUCGUGACUGUCCUUUACUAUGUCCCAUACAUUGUUUUAGAAGCACCCUCGAAUUUACUACUCAAGAGAUUUUCUCCUUCAAAAUGGCAGUCGAGAAUUAUGAUCAGCUGGGGUAUCGCUCUUAUGUGCAAUGCUGCCGUGAAGAAUAAAGGCGGUUUAUAUACAACGCGAUUCUUACUAGGCCUGGCCGAGGCUGGACAGUUUCCCGGUGUCAUUCUCCAGAUGACUUACUGGUAUCGCCCAGACGAAAUGUCUUUACGGCUGCUCUACUUUUAUAUCUGCGGAAACGUCUCGGGUAUCUUCAGUGGCCUUCUUGCUUAUGCAUUUGACACUGUAUCUGGCGCAGGAGGGCUUUCCGGAUGGCAAUGGUUAUUUCUCACGGAAGGCAUUGCAACUGUGAUUUUCGGUGCUGCCAUCUGGUUCCUGCUCCCAGACUUCCCCGAGACAGCGAAAUGGUUGACCGAGAGAGAGAAGAAGUUUAUCCAAGCGCGACUACCAUCCAAUGCUCCUCGUGCUAGCGAGCAAAACUUUAACCUCCGUGAAGUAGUUCAGUCCCUGAAAGACGUGAGGCUGUGGCUGUUCACGUUAAUUUGGGCUACUUUUACUGUUGGAACCAACGGCGUCACUUUUUACCAGUCAACCGUCAUUGCUGACCUCGGUUAUACGAGCAUUGCUCAAGCUCAAUUGCUCAAUCUCCCUAUCACGGCCUGCGGUCUCCUGUUCAUUGCCAUUACAGGUAUCAUGGCAGACCGCAGCCGGAUACCUCGGCCGCUAUAUCCACUCACUUUCCUAGUCAUCAUCAUGAUCUGUUACGGUCUUUUUGUUGCCUAUCCGAGCGUAGGUGGAGUAUAUGCCGUAACGCUGAUCGGAAAUGCCUUUACUGCAGGAUGGUACCCUGUCAUGUGGCCAUGGAGAGUACAAACCACCUCGCGAGCCACGGGCUCCGCCUUCUCUAUCGGCUUCGUCAAUAGCUACGGACAGAUCGGGGGUGCCAUCGGUCCACAAAUGUUCAAAAGCAAAUAUUCACCACGCUACAUCGUGCCCUUUUCCGUUGCUAUGGGCCUAGUAGGCCUGUGCAUGAUCUUGACGCUGGUGGCGUGGUGGGUGACUUGGGACACGGAGCGUGACACGAGACGACUAAAGCUUGCCAAACUCGCGGCGGAGAGGAGAGGAGAGACGAUCUUGGAAGAUGUUGUGGACAAUGAUUUGAAGAAAGCUUAA